AUGGGGGUCACUGGAGCUGGGAAAACAACUUUAAUGGAUGUAUUGGCCGGACGAAAAACAGGCGGACAUAUAGAGGGGAGCAUCAAAAUAUCUGGCUAUCCGAAGAAACAGGAAACUUUUGCUCGUAUAUCUGGCUAUUGUGAGCAGAAUGACAUACAUUCACCACAUAUUACAACAGUAUACGAGUCUCUUCUUUUCUCUGCUUGGCUCCGACUAGCUCCUGAAGUUGACGAUCGUACAAGAAAGAUGUUUGUUGAAGAGAUUAUGGACCUUGUAGAGUUGAAUACGCUAAAAGCAGCAAUUGUUGGGUUACCUGGGAUUAGUGGCUUGUCAACUGAGCAGCGCAAAAGGUUAACAAUAGCUGUUGAGCUCGUUGCUAAUCCUUCGAUUAUAUUCAUGGAUGAGCCAACUUCGGGCCUCGAUGCAAGAGCAGCAGCUAUUGUGAUGAGAACUGUUAGAAACACAGCAGUUGAUACUGGAAGAACAGUAGUUUGUACUAUUCAUCAGCCCAGCAUUGACAUCUUUGAAGCUUUUGAUGAGCUAUUCUUGAUGAAGCGAGGAGGGGAGGAAAUAUAUGUAGGUCCACUAGGACGACAUUCAUGUCAUUUGAUCAAGUACUUCGAGAGCAUUAAUGGAGUCUCCAACAUAAAAGACAGCUAUAAUCCUGCAACAUGGAUGCUGGAGGUGACAACUGUAGGUCAGGAGGAGAUUCUAGGGAUCAACUUUGCUGAACUAUACAAGAAUUCGGAUAUGUUCAGAAGAAACAAGGCAUUGAUUAAUGAACUCAGCUCUCCUAAUCCGGGUUCAGUAGAUCUUCAUUUUCCUACCCAAUAUCCGCAAUCGUUCUUAGCACAAUGCGCGGCUUGCCUCUGGAAACAACACCAGUCAUACUGGAGAAAUCCAGAAUACAGUGCCAUAAGGAUUUUCAUAACAACUAUUACAGCCUUAUUGCUUGGAACUAUGUUUUGGGGACUCGGCUCCAAAAUGGGGACGAGUCAAGAUUUGUUCAAUUCUAUGGGAUCAAUAUACUCUGCAGUUUUGUUCUUAGGAAUUCAAAAUAGCCAAAUUGUGCAACCAGUUGUGGACGUAGAGCGAACUGUAUUUUACAGGGAAAAGGCUGCUGGCAUGUAUUCUGCUCUACCUUAUGCUUAUGCACAGGUCAUGGUCGAGGUUCCAUAUGUUAUCCUUCAAACAAUAAUAUAUUGUCUCAUAGUAGUUUACUCGAUGAUCAACUUCCAGUGGGGCGCUUUCAAAUUCUUUUGGUAUCUCUUUUUCAUGUUCGCUUCGUUCAUGUAUUUCACACUAUACGGGAUGAUGACAGUGGCGUUGACGCCAAAUAGUAAUGUAGCUGCUAUACUCUCAUCGGCAUUUUGUGGGAUUUGGAAUUUAUUUGCAGGAUUCUUAGUUCCAUGGCCAAGAAUACCAACUUGGUGGAGAUGGUAUUAUUGGAUAUGUCCAGUUGGAUGGUCUUUAUAUGGACUGCUAGUAUCACAGUUGGUCUCUAGGUGA